AUGGAUUUGGUGCUCAGCGACGACGACAAGUGGGACUUUUUCGGAUGGGUAUACAUGUUUGAGUGGGCCGAAGUGUCUCCGGAAGUGGUGUCGUUUGAAGGCGACAAUGGGAUAUUCGCCCUCGUGUCGGACAAGUCGGCCCCCCUAAUUUAUGAAGCGCAGGAUUUGGAGGCCAUCAUGAGUGUCAUCCUCGUGAUUGUGGGGCUCCUCAUGACCGCGUAUACAGCGCUGCUGCGGGGUCGCAUCGUCGGUCGCAACCUUUUUCGGUUCAAUUGCAAUGUCGGGGCCAUGUGGCUCGGCCGGCCAUUCCUCAUGAUCCGUGGAAUGAUGGCCAUCGUGAUUCUCAGCACCACCCUAUCCGAGUGA